ACCGACUGCGGAAGCUGAUGUCAGUGAAAUGGCAGCCAUGGUGGCUGUGGUGACCACCUGACCUGGGCUAGCUGUAGCGCGUCCUCCUGCCAGUGGGACAUGCUGCUUCAGGCCUGCGCAGCGUUGAAGUCGUCCACCUACAUUACAGCACGCCCAGUGGAAAGCGGAGGGAGGUAGACCCUCCUCGAUGGUAUGCGUCCUCCCGGAUGACCGGUCAUCAAGAGCUCAUUCCCCCAGCGUGCGAUCGCCACGGCGCCUGCGAUCAGGGAAUGUAACGUGGUCGCCGGGCUGUGAACGCUACACACUCCGCGCUGUGUCAUGACACGACAUCCCUUAGACGGUCCUCGUACAAGCGGCCAAAUGACAGCGGCAGCAUGCUGACGACCUGUAGCUUCGCGUGCCUUUUGCUUCUGCUGCCGCUCGCGGAAUGUUCGCCCACGGCUUACGACCUCAGCACCUCCGAGCAACCGCUGGCAAGGGGAAAGCUACAGCUAGUGCAGCAGCAGCCGCCGCAGCAGCAGCACUCGCAGCCGCCUCCAUUCAAGCCCGGCCGCAGAACCAACUACGGCCUGCUCAAGUCCGAGCCGUGCAGCUCGGACCAGACGUGCAGCAUGCGGGAUCCGGCUUCCCGCUGCCUCGAACAGUUCUGCGUGUGCCAACACGGGUUCACGGACCAGUUCGGCGACCGCUGCAAGAAACUCGUACCGCUGGGCGAGGUCUGCUCCGAGAACCUGGUCUGCUCCGGCGACGCCGUCCAGUGCUCAGACGAGAAAUGCGUCUGCGAACGAGGCUUCGCCGAGGACGAGGGCGCCUGCGUCAAGGUGGACCCAUCGCGGGCCUCCAGCCGCAUCCUGCUGUACGUGGUGUGCGCCGCGACUGUGCUGUUUGUAGUGGGCGGAAUGUCGUCCAUGCUCUACUCACAGGUCAGGCAGCGCCACUUCAAGGACCAGGCCUGCGACAACUGCUUCCUCGCACAGUGCACCAUUCUCUGAACUGUUGUUGCAGUCUCACGAGAACGUUCCUUCCCACACAGCGGCUCGUGGCGUGAUCGCUGUCGCCAUCGAACAAGCGUCGCCGAAGUGCCCAUCUGAGACAUGGACGGCCCGUCGGUCAAAACGACUGCUAGACGCUGUGGAGCAUGCUUGUUAAUAGCAGGCCGUAUCAAAAUGCAACGCAACUUUAGAACGACGAGCGUUGCCUGUUUCAUUUGAAGCCGUGCAGAUGAGAUGGACUGACUGGCGUCAUGCUUCUGAUUAAGCGCACUGCUUCUGAUGUGUCGCGUGAAAUGUUCGUGUCGUUUGUGUGACUUGUAAAAACAUGUUUUACGCACAAGUCACCCGUGUUUACGGUAUUCGAUUGGACAAGUCCUGCUCUUCCUGCCUUCUAUAAUGAAAGCUACAUUGAUUGAUUGA